AUGAUAUUACAUAACCGACUUCCUGCAGACGACGCUGGUAAUUUUGGUAGUAUUUACGUUGACAUUAGAGGGUUAUAUCACAUAACCAUAAAGAUGAACGGAGUCGUACGAACGUUCGGUUCGAUAAAUUCUCCGUUGAGGCUUGGCUGUAGUAGAAAUUUGCACGCGAAUGCAGAUCUACUGGAAAAUUGUACUAGCGUGAAAAACCGAAAUCCAAGGAACUUGGAACUUCUCCGGAUAGCGCGAAAACCUACUGGCUAUCAUCUGGAUAGGCCGGUUCGAGAAUACUGGCACACGUUGAAAUUAUCAAAAGCAGCGCGUUAUGUAGCUGCCUCAAUAUGCCAUUUCGAAUAUGGACCAGUCAUCACUGUGUCAACAAACGAAUGGGCUCUAAAGAAGCAGCUUUACAGGACCACCGAUACUGCGGCCUACAUUAAUUUGGGAAGGGUGUUGGCUCAACGCUGCUUAGAAUCCGGAAUAUCUUCGAUCACCUGUUAUUUGGAUGCACCUGAGGGUGGCAAAUUAGAGGCUAUGAUUAAAGAGUUAGAAAAAGGAGGCUUAAAACUGACAGAACCAUCGAGGUACAAGAAACCGAAUCCUUGGGACCAAUUCCGACCUGAAAAACCAUGGGAUUAUGAGAAAUAAUAGUUGUAUUUGCAAGUUAGGUCAGUGUGCUGAGAUUUAGUGCUUCACUGGAGUAAUUGUUGUAUAGUAAUGAAUGAAAACAUAUUGUGACACAAAAUAAAAGUGUUUUUUUUGAAGUA